ACUUGUUCUUCUUCUACGACAUGUCUCCUCUUCCUCUCUUCCACUCCACGCUAUAUAUAACACCCGUUCCCCGGGUUAUCUGCUCGAUCUCCUCUCCUCUUAUCAUCAAUUAAUUUGAUUUGAUUUGAUUUGAUCGCCCAGUUCUUCUUCUCAUCAAUGGAUCGAUGGAUCUCUUGCAUUGAGCAUCGCAAGUGAUUGCGAUGAAUGCAUGGACGACGGCCUGGCCUGCUGCAUGACCUGUUCAUGUGAUCGAUCGACUGUUUCUCUUCGAUUCUGUCCCUUUCUAUGUCCCGAGUUGUUUGAUUAGUCUCGUCGUUUGAAGAGGUCGUGUUCUUUAAUUAGUCUUUUUUUUUUAUUUGUGAUCGAUCGUGUUGUCUUAAUUCUCUCUCCCUGGAUAGUGGGUCAAGGUGCAGUGUUCAGAUCGCUUUGCCAAUAAGGUGUUUAAGGUCUCUGUGUUGGUUGCACUUGCAUCAGCAUCGUCUUUGAUUUCCACUCGUUUUCUUGGGUUAAGGUCGCGAUCGAUCUCUUUGAUCGGGUUCUUUGCGCGAUCUUGACAUCAAAAAUUUGAAUUUUUUUUCCCCUGUGUUGGAUUAGUCGCAUAUAUAUCCAUCCAUCCGCUUAUUCGUGGCAAGUUCUUUGAGAAAGAUUUGUUCUUUGCUGCAUCCAUAAAGAGUUUGUGGCGAGAUCGAGCCAUGGAGUUUGUAUAGCGUCGUGGUGGUGGUUGUGUUGUGUUGUUGUGGUUUUAUGCCGGCGAGCAGCAUGCACGGGGGUGGCGGGAGUGAGCAGCAGCACUCGCCGACGACGUCGGGGAUGACGCCGCGCGGUGGCAGUGACCAUUACUCGCCGCUGGCGACGUCGACGCCGACCAAGCAGUCGCCGCGCGGGGGAGGGGUGGCGGCGUGGUCGUCCCUCCUGCCGAGCGGCGCCGCGGCGGCGUUGGAGAGCCGGGGCGCGCUGGCGGCGGCGUUCUCCGUGUUCCUCUUCCUCGCCGUCACGCUGACGGUGACCACGUCGUCGUCGCUGUCCGUCGCGGCGUCGCUCUCCGCCUUCUUCCCGUCGAGCCGCGGCGCCGGCUUCGUGGAGGCGCACGCCCAGCAGCAGCAGCAGGCGCCCCCGUCGCCGCCUCCCGGCGCCGGCGUGGCGCGGCUGGCGUACCUGGUGUCCGGCUCCAAGGGCGACCUCGACCGGCUAUGGCGGACCCUCCACGCGCUCUACCACCCGCGCAACCUCUACGUGGUCCACCUCGACCGCGAGGCCCCGGUGGCGGAGCGGCUGGAGCUGGCGGCGCGCGUCGCCAACAGCUCCAUGUUCCGCCGCGUCGGCAACGUGGAGGUGAUCCGCCGCGCCAACAUGGUGACCUACCGCGGCCCGACCAUGGUCUCCAACACCCUCCACGCCUGCGCCAUCCUCCUCCGCCGCAGCCGCGACUGGGACUGGUUCAUCAACCUCUCCGCCUCCGACUACCCUCUCAUGACCCAGGACGAUAUACUCCACGUGUUCUCGUUGAUCCCGAGGAACGUGAACUUCAUCGAGCACACCGGCUACCUAGGCUGGAAAGAGGGGCAGAGGGCGAGGCCGGUGAUCGUGGACCCGGGGCUGUACAUGGCGCAGAAGCAGGACAUCUUCUACGUGGCGCAGCGGCGGGAGCUGCCGACGGCGUUCAAGCUGUUCACCGGGUCGGCGUGGGUGGGGCUCAGCCGGGACUUCGCCGAGUUCAUCGUGUGGGGGUGGGACAACCUGCCCCGGACGCUGCUCAUGUACUACGCCAACUUCGUCUCCUCGCCGGAGGGCUACUUCCAGACCGUGCUCUGCAACGCGCCGCGCUUCGUGCCCACGGCCGCCAACCACGACCUCCACCACAUCCAGUGGGACACGCCGCCGCGCCAGCACCCGCGCGCGCUCACCCUCGCCGACCGCCCCGCCAUGGACCGCAGCGGCGCGCCGUUCGCCCGCAAGUUCGCGCGCGACGACCCGGCGCUCGACGCCAUCGACGCCGACCUGCUCGGCGGCCGCGGCGGCGGCCACGGCGGCAACGGCACGGCCGACGACGCCGACGCCGACAUGUUCGUCCGCGGUGGGUGGUGCGUCGGCGCCGGAGGGGGAUGCGACGAGGUCGGCGACGACUGGGUGCUCCGGCCGGGGCCCGGCGCCGCCAGGCUCGACAGGCUCAUGGACAGGAUCGUCAGGUCGGAGGCCUUCGCCAACAGCCAGUGCAAGUAGCCGAAAGCUAGCUUAGCUUAGCUGCAGCUCAAGCUCUGAUCAGACAAAAUCACCAUGGUUAAUCUGCAUCGUGUAAUCACUUCGCUUGCCGAUUUCCUUGCAAGUUUGUACAAAUCAUCCAAUUAAGCAUACUACGUAUAGAGACACAGAACAAUUGAGAAAGAGAGUAUAUAUGUACUUGGGAAUUAACUGUAAUCCACUCUGAUAAUCCGGUCUCAGAAAGGACGAGUGUUUUUGUGGUU